AAAGUUAUUUAUCACUAAAUUUUAUUUUUAUCAAUCAAUCACUAGCAAUGAAAGGAUAACAAUAAUUAAAAAAAAAAAUAUUUAUUAAAAGAAAAUAAAUAAUACAUAGACGUAUUGGAAUUGUAUUCAUCCAUUCUUCACAACAUUUAUUACUGCAUACGGGUUGUUUGGGCGAUGUACGGCGCCGAACAUAUUCUAUGCCAUCCGAGGCACAUGCACAAAUCAAAUGGCUAUUAAAGAAACACACGGUCACAGACAAAAGUUUGUGGAAGAAAUUGAUUACGAUGAAAUUGAAAAGCUUGAAAUUGUUGGCAAAGGGUCAUUUGGUGUUGUUUACCGUGGACGGUGGCGUAACAACUAUGUGGCUGUCAAACACAUUGACACCGAAGCUGAGCGUAAAGCAUUUACAAUCGAAGUACGACAGUUGUCUCGAGUCAACCAUCCUAAUAUUGUCAAAUUAUAUGGUGCAUGUACAUCAAAUCCUGUUUGUUUAGUAAUGGAAUUUGCGGAAGGUGGAUCAUUAUACAAUGUAUUACAUUGUAAACCAGAGCCUCAAUACAACUUGGGACAUGCUGUUAGUUGGACAUUACAAUGUGCAGAAGGUGUUGCAUAUCUUCAUAAUAUGAAACCUAAACCAUUAAUUCAUCGUGAUUUAAAGCCACCAAAUUUACUAUUAGUGAAUGAAGGAAAAACGUUAAAAAUAUGUGAUUUUGGGACUGCCUGUGACAAAAAAACAUAUAUGACCAAUAAUAAAGGUAGUGCAGCUUGGAUGGCACCAGAAGUAUUUGAAGGUUCAAAUUAUACUGAAAAAUGUGAUAUAUAUAGCUGGGGUAUUAUUUUAUGGCAAGUUUUAACAAGACUGAAACCAUUUAAUGAAAUUGGAGGAUCUGCUUAUGGAAUCAUGUGGGCAGUACAUAAAGGAACCCGACCACCAUUAUUUGAACAAUGCCCUCGACCGUUCCAGGAAUUAAUUACUGAGUGUUGGGAUCAAAAUCCAAAUGUUAGGCCAUCAAUAGAUCAUGUUGUUCAGGUUAUGAGGAUUUUAAUACAAUUUUGUUCUGGACAUGACCAACCAUUAAUAUAUCCCAAUUACUGUUAUACUAUUAGUAGUGAAUUUGAAGAAGACUGUACUUCUGAAGAUUCUUGCCCAGAAAUUUCCGAUUCUUAUAUUGAAAGCUUAAGAAGUCAUAAAGGAAUUAAUGGAAUGUUGACAAAUGAUAGCUUAAAAUCUAAUCCAAAUUUAUCAAUACCUUUAAAUGUUAAUGUAGACAGCAAGUUUGAUCAAUAUGAAGACUUAAAAAUAUUAACCAUGCCUGGAUUUGACAAAGUGGGUGCUUAUCAAACUGUUGACUCAACUGACAAAGAAGAUGAAUCAAAUUCAGAGUGUCAAAGUCCACUUGUUGACACUAAUAAUGUAAAAGGUAUUUCAGGAACACAUCCUGAACUGGAUAAUUUGUACCUGAUGCUAGAUCAACAGUUGCAUCCAAUACCCCCGGAUAACACUUGUCCACAAUCAGUUCAAAUAUUUGAAGAACAUAAGCAGCUGGCUCAAGAAUAUUUAAAGGUACAAACAGAAAGAGCAUAUUUAUCAAGACAUAUGGAGCAAUUAGCAGAGCGAUUAAGUCGUGAAGAAAUCUUGUGUGACGAAGAAGUAGAUGAAGAUGACGAAGAAAUUAAAAAGCUCAAAAAUGAAAAAGAAAAUUUAACACAAUUAAGCCAAAACCUCAAAAAACAACUAGAAAUGAUACAAGUAAAAAACAGUAACCAUUCAAAUGAAAAUGAGCCAUCGUCAUAGUGAUCAAUUGUUUGGUAUUUAACUAAGCAAUUUAAAGUAAAUAUACUUUGCAUCAUAGUACAUUAAUUUAGGUAACAAAACAGUCAAUGGACUUAUUGAUUGUUAAAUACUUAAAUAUGGAGCUGGCAGCAUAAGCAAUUAAUUCUUCAGUAUUUUCAGUAUUUUCAUAAUUUAGUCUCUACUAUAAUUAGGUGUUGUUGUUUUUUUUUUUUUUUUGUAACAUUCAAGACUAGUAAUUGCGAAUCAAUAAUAUUUACAUACUUAUAAACGUAUACUAUACACAUAAAGAGUCUAAUUUUAAUACUCAUGUAAUUUAUUAAUGAUCUCUCAAACCUUAAUAAGGUAUAUACUUCAUUUAAAAAUACUUUUCUAUUUCAAAUUUUAGGUUUUAACUCUCUUUUAAAUAUUAUUAGUUAUUACCAUUGUUUUUUAAACUAAACAUUAAAAAUUGUAAAAUGAUAUACAAUGUGCUACAUAUCAAAUUACCCGUGAAGUAACAUAUACCUUUAUUUUUUAGAAACUUAAAACUUAAUAUAUAAAAUGCUUCCCAAUGACAAGCUAUACUACUUAAUUAUGUAGUUCAAUUCACAAAAAUCAAAUUAUGGUGUUAAGUCAUAUUAAUUGAUCAUUUAUCGACAAAUUUUAAAUAAGUUAAAAUUAUUAACUUGUAUAUAAAUUACAAUAAAGUAUACUUAAUAUUAAUGUAUUGUCAUAGAAUAUCAGUUUGUUAAAAUAAAAUUUAGUCAUCAGUAUACCAACAAUACUGCCAGCUCUAUUAAACAUAUUAAAGACAAUAAAAAUAAAAAUAUAAUACUUUAUCUAAUUUUAUUUUGAUUACUUCUAUGUGUAUUUUUUAAUAAUAAUUAAUUUUAAUUUUUCAAAUUAUGCCUGGUAAAUUAAGGGGUUUUGGAUUUUUAUAUCUCUUACAGAAAAUGAAUAAAGAAUUAAAUUGUAUAAAUAUAAUAUUUUAUAGAUAAAAUAAUUGAGAUGAACUUGCAUUUAUGUCAAAUUGACAUACAUUGAAUGUUUUUUCCAUUAUAUUUCAAUAUACAUGUACUUAUUUAUAUAUAAAAUUAACGAAUUAAUGUUAAUAUUUUGAGUUUUAAAAUACAAUUUUUAAUGUAUUAUUUAUUAAUAUUAUUUUUUUAUCUGGUUUAUAAUUAUGUAUUAUUGUAUUAAAUAUGUACAACAUUUUAUUUUUAUUUAAUGUUCUGGUUAUAUUUUUGUAUAAGUUGUUAUAAAUUGUGUGCUCUAGUCCAACAAAAUUGCCAAAUUUUUGUUUUUUGAAUUUUAAAGUAUUAGAUUUUAUUUAUAAAUAUUUAAACUGUAUUUUAUACAUUUUAAGCACAUUCAUAACAUUGAUAAACAAGAAAAAAAAUUAUUUUAUGUUAUUAUUAAUUAUUAUGAUAUAAUAUGUUUAAUAAAUAAUAAUAAUGUUUAUAGUAAUUACAUAUUAUGCAACAUAUAAAUAGGUAAAGAUUUAUUAUUAUUUUUGCAACAUUAUAAAUUGUAUAUUUUAAUAUAUAUAACAUAUAUUUUAAUAAAAAAAUACAUAGUGGUGGCUAUCCUUAGUCUGUAUAUUGCUUUAGUAAUAUAUACAAAAUUUGGUUGGUAUGUGGUUAGAUGUUGAAUGAUUAAUCAUUAUUUAUUAUAAUAUAGUUAAUUAAUGUAACACAAUUUAAGCCAUAGAAGCCACUUUGCUAUACCAAUAUAUAAUCUGUCCAGCGAGAGAAUGUGUUGCAAACCGACCAAAAUCAGUUUUUCUGCGCAUUCCCCAAUGACACCCAGCCAUACCAGUUUUGAUAUCAUGGUGAUGCGGGGGUUGCGCAGAAUCAGCGCAUUCUCUCGCUGGACAGACUAGGAGUAGUAGCCACUAUAGGUACAAGUAUAGCUUAUAUUUGAAUACCUCACUGGCUCACUGUAUGUAGUCUGUAAUGACUAAUGGAUAUAUUAAAUUUGAUUGGAAACUAA